CUCCAAUAUACCAGAGCAUAUCACGUCUCCAACUGAAAGGCUACAGAAGCAGAAGUGUUUUCUUCUUCAGCAAAGGAAAAUGGCAAGCUUAGUCGGAAAAUGGAGCUUUGUUUCAGCCGAUAACAUGGAAAAUUAUAUGGAAGCAUCUGGUGUACCAGAAAACUUACGAGAAAUCGCUCGUACAAAUCAGCCAAAUAUGGAGAUCAGCAACAGCGGAGAAACGUGGACAAUCAAAACAGUGGUAGGCGAGAAAAUGAAAGAUUCCACCUUCAGAUUAGGCGAGGAAUUUGAUUCCGUUUCACUCACAGGACAACCUUUGAAGUGCACAGUCACAUUAAAUGGAGAAGAAAUGACAGAAACGCAGAGGGCUGGAGAUGUUAUUGUCACAAUCACAAGAAAAAUAGAAAAUAAUCAACUACUGUCAACUAUGACCAUUAAUGGUGUCUCUGCAGUGGUGAAAUUCCAGAGAGCUUAGGCAAUAGGCUUCAUGUAGACCAUAUAAUUUCUCUGUCAUUUUUGCAAUCAAAAUUUUAUGUGGCCAUAUAGUAGUGACAGUAUAGUGAUUUUCUCUGCAACUUUUCUGCAUAAUAUACACAUAAAUAAAAUCUGUCAUUAAAAAAAA